AUGGACGAGCGCUUCAACAGGUGGCUGCUGCCGCCGCUGCUGGCGCUGCUCUUCCUGCUCAUCGUCUACCAGUACGUGUCGCCCGCCUGCCCCGGCGCCGCCUGCCCCCGCCGCCCGCCGGCCUCCGCCGCCCGCCGCGGGGGGGGCCCGGAGGAGCGGGAGGAGGAGGAGGCGGCGGCGAUGCCGCGGCUGGCGGCCAAGUUCCCGUUCGCCCGGGGGGAGCUGUGCCGGCGGGUGCGGUUCGACAUGCGGGGCCGCGACGUGAUCGUCUUCCUGCACAUCCAGAAGACGGGCGGCACCACCUUCGGGCGGCACCUGGUGCGCAACAUCCACCUGGAGCAGCCCUGCUACUGCCGGGCCGGGCAGAAAAAGUGCGCCUGCCACCGCCCGGGCGGCGACAAGGACACCUGGCUCUUCUCCCGCUUCUCCACCGGCUGGAGCUGCGGGCUGCACGCCGACUGGACCGAGCUCACCAGCUGCGUGCCCGCCGCCAUGGAGCGCCGCGGCUGCGCCGGCAACCGCACCCUCAGGAAUUUCUAUUACAUCACCAUGCUGAGGGAUCCAGUGUCACGGUACUUGAGUGAAUGGAAACAUGUCCAGAGGGGUGCGACAUGGAAAACUUCCCUUCAUAUGUGCGAUGGAAGAAGCCCAACACCAGACGAGCUGCCUACCUGUUAUGAAGGAGACGACUGGUCUGGAGUCAGCUUACAGGAAUUCAUGGAUUGUAGCUACAACUUGGCCAGCAACCGCCAGGUGCGCAUGCUGGCAGACCUCAGCCUGGUGGGGUGCUACAACCUGACUUUCAUGAAUGAGAGUGAGAGAAACAUGAUUCUUCUCCAAAGCGCCAAGAACAAUCUGAAAAACAUGGCCUUCUUCGGGCUGACAGAAUUUCAGAGGAAAACACAGUAUCUCUUUGAGAGGACAUUCAACCUGAAAUUCAUUUCCCCGUUCACCCAAUUCAAUGUUACGCGGGCCUCCAAUGUGGACAUCGGCGAGGAUGUGCGGCAAAGGAUAGAGGAGCUGAAUUUCUUGGACGUGCAGCUGUAUGAAUACGCAAAGGACCUGUUCCUGCAGCGCUUCCAGUACUCCAAGCAAGAGGAGCAUCAGAAGAACCGGCUAAAGAGGCGAGAGGAGCGGCGACUGCUGCGGGAGCAGAGAGCUCACCAGUGGCCAAAGGAAGAAGCAUCAGAAGUAGCUGUUACUGAAGAUUAUAAUAGUCAGGUUGCAAGGUGGUGA